UCGAAGGGCAACUAGAAAGGCUAGUGGAAUCUACAGAAAAGUAGGAUAUCCAGGAUUUUGUUCUGCUACAAAUCCUGUACUACUGCUCUAUGAUAUGGAGCCCCAGAGCCGGGGAAGGUAUCCCUAGACCCUUACUCAAGUACCUGGACAACAUUGAGAGGGUUAAUUCUGUUGUAUGUGUCCGGUUCUUUUAUGAUGAAAUUAUCAGGGGCAUUGGAGUUGCUUUGGGAGGAAAGGAGAAGCGAGGGGUCAUAUAUGUCCCAGGAUGCAUGAUACUAUUGUGUCACUCACUCUAUGGCUUCGAGCUGAGCAAUUACGAGCUAUAUUUGACAUAUAUUGAUAAAUAUACCGUAUUCUGCAUGGAGCAUCUGUUGAUCCCUUUGGUCAGGGAUGACCAUUGGCAUCUUGUUGAAGUUGAUUUGAAAGAUAAGGUUGUCAAGCAUUAUAGUUCUGCUGGGCACGAAGCUUGGAUGGAGCCUGUUAAUAAAAUCAUAAACUAUUUUGAUGCCUAUCAUGUUGAUUUUGUUGAGCAAAAUGUGCGCAGAAUAUUUAGAUAUGAAGCUAUCAAAUGCGAGCAACAAAAGAUGGCGGUUAGUUCCAAUAUCUAAAUUGUGUUAAUUUGUGUUAGUAUUAGAUAUGAUGAAAAUGUCUAAUUUAGCUUUCUAUGUUACAGUUUUGACUGUGGUUUGUUCGUCUACCUCUUUAUAAAAGCAAUAAUUGAAGGCCGCUGAACAUUGCGGGUUAAUCCUCCAAACGAUAUCCCUGAAGCUAUGCGAGCAAGA